AUGGGGUUCACAUGUUGGGGGUUCUGCUGCGAUGCCGGUUCAACUCACAUCGCAAAUGGCGCGUGGUCAGCGAGCUUUGCACAUCAGGUUUCUAUUUAUUCUCUUCAAAUCAUGGGGGCGGGUCUUCAUGACACGGGCCAAGCCUACUCGCUUAAGCUCUGCCAACUUAGGUAUUGCAACUACAUAGGGGAUCACGCCGAUCUAAUCGGAGUUUCUUCGCCAAUUCAAUUAUUCCAAGGUAUCUGGCUAUCUGUGUACUUGCUCGUCACCGCCACUAUUCCUCAGCCAAUUGACUUGUGGGGCACAGGUCUCCUGUAUGUACGGCGUGAAGGCUGGACUCAUGUGAAUCCUUCCAUACGCCACGCUUAUACCGACAUUCACGCUUCGAGCACAUCCCCCACUCGAUACCACGACCGUGGAAUCCUACGCAACAUAACAUCAGCAAUCCUUCUUUGCGAGCGAGCCUACCUCGCCGUAGAUAUACAUCCAACAAAACAUCCUCUCGUCCUAUCCUUCCCAAAGACCAACAUCUUCAGGAAGCUUUCCAACGCCCUUCCCGCUCCUCCCGCUUCCCCCGUCUUCCGUUCCCCCACGUUUCGAUACUUCCAUUGGCGGACUUUCAAACCCACGUUUGCUGACACGCUCCAGACGGAUCCCCAACGAUUUUGCAAUCCAACACAUCCUUUUCCCCACCAUCCGAUCCUUACACUCCGUCGCUGUUGGUUCUCUACACACCCUCACCGGACAGCACCGACACUGCCACAAAUUCGCCACUCAAGCCUCAAUCCUCAAUCCUCAGUUAUGCGCCGUGAUAUUCAUAGCACAGAAAUUACUUGCAUGAAAACAAAUGCCUCAGCGGACAAAAAAAACAGGCAGGACUAUACGGACGCACACCCCAAUAACCCCUCUCUCAACGCCAAACUUUCCUAA